AUGGAUGAUAAAAGGUUGAAACGACUUAAUCAAAUAGAUGUCAUUAAAAGUUUGAUAGCAAGACGUGUGCCGGCAGAUAAAUUAAAACCUCAUUUGGCAAAAUUUCUUCAAUUAUUGGAACAGGAAGGCGAUGCUUUAUAUGAAGAGGAAAAUUUCAUCGAAGCAUGGAAGUACUACAAUGAAGUCUUAAUUUUUACAAGGCGAGAAUUACUGCGAUUGGAUCAGCGCAAUGCAGACAUGUUACUGCUAUCAGCUCGGGUGUGUGUACAAUUAGGAGUGACGUACGAUGCAUGCAUCUACAUGAAACGAAGUGAAAAGAUACUAGGGGAACAGGAUCCUGCCGUCCUAGAAUUGAAGUCGAGUAUCGAAAUGGCGUAUAGAGACAUUCACGGAAAUGAAAUUGACUGGCAUGGUUUAUAUGACUUUGGACGGCUGCAUACUGGCGAAAUUGGAAAUGAAGACUGCGAAAAAGAUGAACUACUAGAAAUGCGGCAAGCAGUAUGGAAAAGAAAAAAAACAAAGAAGCGAAGUUCUUCUCCUGUAGAUGACGAUGGCCCAAUAACGAUUGAUAUACCAAAGAAUGGCCAAAUAUGCGAUAACAUGCCGAAAAAAAUAGACCACAAGCCCUAUUCCAACAGUACCCCAAUAAGAGAAGAGACACAUUUAAGAAAAUCUCCAACCAAAUCAGGUAACAAGUCGCGUUCCAAGAGUAGAAGAAGAAACAAUAUUCGUGUUAAUAAUGCGGCAUCUAAUAGUGGUGAGAGUAGUAAAAGUGGUAAUAUUUCUGAAAGCGAUUCUGUCAUCAGCUCCAGUUCAGCUUCAUCUUCCCGACCACAAUUAAGAGUAGUUGGCGGUACUCGUAACCAGUCACCAUUCAUGACAAGAAAGCCAUCCGAGCUAAAAGGUAUCGAGACGAUAAAACAAGCAUUACCAUAUCCAAUGAAAUUUGUUUGUUUAACAUGCUGGAGGAGAGAUGGGCAGCAAUGCGUACGAAGUCAGGUCAACCCUGAUUGCUGUGAGAAUCUAAACGAAACACAUCUCUGGAACAUGGAUAACAAAGCAUGUCUAGUGAAAUGUACAAAGUCGGAGCGCCUAAAAUGGAUGCGCAUACGGCCAUUGGUGAAUGGUGUUUCCAAAAUAUCAGGGAUAUGUAGAUUUGCUGCAAAUUGCCCAGAAGAAAAAACAUGUUCUCAUCCUCAUAGCAAUGAAGAAAUUCGUGUAUGGAAAUUUCAACUCACUAAUAAUGUCUUCACAUUAGGACAGCUUGAGGAGGUAAUUAUUUCAUCAAGUGACAGAAAAAUCGGAGAUAAUCUCGUCGAUGGCAGUAGUUUACACUAUUCAGAUGGAAACGACGGUGAAACAAGUAUUAGACAUGAACGAAUACCAAAACUUGAAGCCGUUAUGCAUAGUGUGCCCCGCAUAUUCUGUGUCACCUGUCCAUCAAAGAGGUUCAGCUCCUAUCGACAUCUCGAUGCCCAUCGUAGAUCGAUAGAACAUCGUCGACGUCAACAUAUUGAUAGUGAUAGAUUCUGGUGUUAUCGGCCACCACCCUGGGGUGUCGACAAUAUAUCAGAGUUACAGUUAUGUCCAAAUAUUGGUGACACAGAUGUUAACACAGUGUUAUGUCCUUAUGCACAUUCUGAUGAUGAACUGAAGGAGUGGAAAGACAGAGUACAUUACAGACACAUUAAGAAACUGAAACAAAAAAGAAACUCCAAAUCAGUAUACUUAGGAGGAAUAUUGACUGCCAUACAACAAACUGUUGACCUACAUAGUGUGAUAAAAGAAGAUUUGUGUGGUGUAAUUGUGAAUACAACGACCUCGGAUUUAGUUGAGUUGAGCGAGCGAGUCUGUGACACAUUUAUGCAUACUUUAUCUUUAAAUAUAUCAUCAAAAGAGAAACAACUAAACAAGGUUGGUUUACUCUUGGACCCAUGUCGACAGUUUUUCACGUUUGUAGAUAAUGCUGGAAACCCAAUUGAUGACCAAGUCAUUGACGGAGAUGGUACCAUGUGUGAAAAUAGUGUUUACAGGAUCAACGUUCAGUUCUCGUCAGUACAUGAAGGUGUUUACCAUCAGUGGGUAAUUUGUGACUUUGGCGAGCAUCCCCUCCUUGUAAAACGACUUGCAGUUCAUGCAGGGAAAAUCCACCUCACAGAAGACGAUGUUGAUGUAAAGUCUGUGUUAAUAGACUUCUUCAAUGACCCCAUCUCUCAUGGAUGCCAUACUUCAAAUGGACAAGAUGUGGUACCUGUUGCACAACAUGAAUGUCCAUACUACAAAUUCCAAAUGAUAUCUUGGUGGGAUUAUCAGUUAUUCAGAAAUGGAAAUUUUUCUGAUUCGUCAUAUUCCCACUUCAAUGAACAACGGCGACAAUUGUGCCUGAAAGAGAUGGUUCUGUUAAACCCCGUAUUAAGGAAUAAUAACUAUUGUUUUUAUAUUCCCGAACGUGAAUUUCCAGAAAAAGUUCCACUCACUAGUGCAGAUGCCAAUUCUUCGUUUCAGUCAAUUUGGAAUGGACUAGACUCAUUAACAGUGGAUGAUAGACACUUUAAAACAGUCAUGGAAACAGCGACAAUUCCAUCUGAUACUCAACAGGAAGGUUACAUAUAUGGAUAUAAUCUUGACAAGAUUCAAACCAAAGUUUUACUCACAAUUUGUUCCAAGUUAACAGAGCCUUGCUCGCCAUUAAUGGUACUCGGUCCCACAGGCAGUGGGAAAACUACUGUCAUUGAUAUAGCUACAGCUAUUCUUCUGGAACAACGCAUAAGAAACAAUAACAAGCAUGCAAUCCUGAUAUCUACCAGCACAAUCAGUUGUGCCAGUGUUCACCUUGCUAAUAUCAUUAAGUAUGUAAAGAAGUAUAAAUAUCAAGAUACCAUACGUCUGAUGCUGCCCAAAGGCACCCCACUUAAUGUGAUUGAUGAACCUCUCCAAAGAUAUUCAUUGACCUGGGAAGAAGCAAAAAAAGAGCAUGUCACACGCUGGCGUAUAAUUAUAACAACUGCCAAUAACUGUCAUUCUCUUCUGUCACAUGGCAUGGCUAACAGAUUUACUCAUGUAUUCAUUGAUGAAGCUGAUCAAAUAGACUAUCAAUCCAUCAUCCCUUGUCAGGCGUUGGCAAGUUCAAUUGGCAAAACAAUUAUUGUUGGAGACUUGGCACAGAAAAUAGAAACUGUUUUGCCGUGUAAUUUUGGAGGUAAAUCAGCAAUUGUGUCAUUUCUUUACCAUUACUCUAUCACACCACUAUGUCUUAAGCGUGUAUAUAGAUAUACCGAGAGCAUCAGAAGGUUUUUGAACACACAUAUGUACCCUAAUAUCAAGAUUGUUGGAAAUGCGGAAUCUUCAAUUGAUGAUGUAACAGAACCCAUUCAUGCAAUUAUACCUCAAAUACAAGGCAAUGAACCACGUAACUGGAUAUCUGAUAUCACUGGCAGAGUAAGCCAACUUUAUCAUGACUGGCCUGAAGAGUGGGGACAAUUCAAAGAGAAGAGUAUUGGAAUAAUAGUUGAAUGUCAUGAUCAGAUAUACAGCCUGCACAUGGAGUUUACAAGCAAGGGUAUGCCAAUUGUUGUCAAUACUCUCAAGGAAUUUCAAGGAAAAGAGUUUGUGGUUAUUAUACUUUCACUCUCUGCUCAACCUAUCAUUGGUACACAUAAUAUGGACUUACUAGUCUAUUCAAUGUCCAGGGCGCAGAAAAAGUUCUACGUUGCAUAUCCUGACCCAAUAGACAGUGAUAACAUUUUGAAACACUGUAAUGACACACACUCAUUACAGCAUCUGGCAUCUGUGGAUAAUUGUAAAUCAGUUACACCAAUAUUGGGACCACUUGAUGCUAAAAUCACAUCAAUAUACAAUGCGCAAGACAAUAGUUUUACCUGUAAUGAAGAUGGAAAUACUAAUUCAGAAGUUUUCAUUCUUGAAACCUAUUUCUUCCAAGGAGAGUCUCGAUUAAAUGAGCGAUUAUCUGAUGAUGAUGAUGAUGAUGACUACAACUACCUUUCAGAAGAGGGUUCCAAUGACUAUUCAGAUUAUAAUUCUGAAGAAGACGAGUCUCUGUUUAAUCCAUAUCUGGGAGACGAGCAUUUACACAGCUAUGAAGACGUUUUAUUUAAGGAAUUACCAAAAUACGACCUUGAAAAGAUGCUGGCAUCACAGUCGGAUAAGUAUAAGAGAUGUCGACUAGAAACAUGGCUGCAAGAACAAGAUAGAGUUACACUACUUGAUGAAGAACCUGAUUUCGAAAUCCGCAUUCCUAACAAGCUUAAGCGAGGACGAGCUUUGAAUCAAGAUACUGUUGUUAUUGAGCUAAUGGACGAAAACAGGAAAGAAUUACAUGAAAUGGGCGAUGACAAAGAUGACACAAAGAUAAAAUAUGGGAAGGUAGUUGGUAUCUUGGAGCGUCAUGAAGAACCAAGAAUGAAGAAGAUAGCAUGUAUGCUGGAUGAGCAUAGUGACAACCUUUUGGUUCCUAUCAAUGGAAAUUUUCCCAAGAUGAGUUGGCACAAAGGACAACAGUGGAAAGAAACAAACAAGCAUGCCGUCUGCCUACCAAUUUACAGAAUUACAAGAUUCCAAAACUUUGAGCUAGACCAUAUUGAAGAAGUAACAACCAGUGAAAGAUCCCAGAAGAUAUUUAUUGCACGAUUCCUCAAUUGGAAUGUAAACAAGAGAUACCCAUUGUGUGUUGCUGUAGAUGUUCUUCCAAUGGGAAACACUCUUGAAAAUGGACUAAACAUUCUCAAAGCAAAAUAUGAUGUUAAAGAUAAUAAGACCACUCUUGAACCAAAUGCUGAGAGCCAUUCUGUUAGAAGAGAUUUAUGUGCUAUACCUACUUUCACUAUUGACCCAAGUGAUGCACGAGAUCUAGAUGAUGCUCUGAGUCUAGAGAAAUUAGAAAAUGGUAAUUUCAGGAUUGGUGUUCACAUUGCUGAUGUUGCCUCACAUGUUCCAGUUGACUCCAGCGCUGAUAUGGCUGCUCGGAAAAGAGGAACUUCAUACUAUCCACCAGAAGAACGGCCAAUUCAUAUGCUCCCUCGAUCACUGAGUGAAAUUACUUGCAGUCUUCAACCAAAUACUGAGAAGAAUGCCUUAUCACACUUGUUUGAAGUGAAUACAGCUGGCCAUGUAUUAUCACAAGACAUCAUCCAGACAAAAAUCAAGCCAGUUCAUCAAUUAUCUUAUGAAGAAGCUGAGAGAAUAAUAACGUCUGGAAACAUACAGGAUGAGUUCCAUGAAAUUAGCUCACAACUUGUCUCUUUGAAUGAAUUAGCACAGAAGAUGAGAAGACAAAGACUUGGCAUGGCAUACCUCCUUACAGAGUCUGGAAGUUAUGGGGAAGAACCUCACACCACCCCUUUUGCCCAACAACUUGUUGAAGAAAUGAUGAUAAUGACGAACAAAGAGGUGGCUAAGAUGCUAGUGGCAAAGUACCCGUCAUGUACACCUUUAAGGCGCCAACUCAAACCUCAAAACAAACACUUUGAGCAGUGGUUGGAUUCAUUUGACAAUGUCUUGGAAUGUAGCAUCAAUAUUUCAUCAAAACCAUCUAUAUCUGCAAAUAUGGUUAAUGGUGAGUUUGUUAUUAUGGACAAGGUAUGGGAAGCCAUUAAAGACGCUCACAGUGAUGGAUCCAUUAAAGCACUAAAACAGAUAGCUUUUGAAGAUCAGAAUUUCCCACAACUUUUCCUGAUGGCCGUACAUUUCUAUGGAAUUCAAGAGAAGGCAGAAUAUGUAUGUUCAGAUCCUGAUAAGACGAAACUACAUUUCACACUCAACUGUCCCGUCUAUGUAAGAUGCACAUCACCAAUACGGCGAUAUAUGGACCUUGUUAUUCAAAGAAUGGUAAUAGCAGCCAUACAUGGUGAUGAGUCACCGUACAAUAAGGAAGAAAUAGUGAAGAUGUGCACCAUGUGUAACCAAACUGAAGACAAACAGAAAUGUUUUGAGAGUGACUGUAGAGCAUUGAAGUUUGCAUUGAAGGUACAUAAUACACCUUUAAAGGCAAUGGCAGUUGUUGAAACGGCUAAUGACAGUUCUAUAGAUCUGCAAAUCCCACGAGUAAGAAGCAUCCCGUCAUCUGAGCGAAAAAUCCCAUUAAGCCUGAUGAACGUAUCAACACACCCAAAAUAUGACGAAGCUGCAGAAUUGUUAAGCUUGUCUUGGUCAGAGCAUAUUUAUGAUUCUAAACUUAGUGAAAAUAAUGUUGCCGAACCAACCACACGAAAUAACACAACAAUUCAAUUGCAACGAAUGCGGCACACUUUCGCAACCUCCACUGAAACUUGGUACAACUUUAUUAUGAGCGUUUUGCAUGGGAAUCAACAUAAUAGUCGUAGGCUUAUUACUCAGCUGGAACAAGAAAGAAGAAAAUGUAACAGGGAAAAUGCUGUUACCCAUGACAUAUCCUCGGAAAGAAUAGACAAGAAAGGAAAUAGAAUUGACCCAUGCUGCUUUACAGGCAAUUUUCGAAUGAGUGAUGUAUUGGAGUUGCAGAUCGGUGGCCACUAUAGUCGUGGUAUACUGAGUCCAAGUAUAGAGUCUGUGAAGCUAUCAGUGGAUUUUGAUAUUUGUAUUGAACACCGUAAAGAUGCUGUUGGUUGUUUCAGUGUGAAUGCAGAGAAGAAGAUGCCACCUCUCAGAAACCGACAUGGUUGGAAAAUUAACAAUUAUCAGAAUAGAUGGUUUCCAAUACUAUCUAUGUCUGCUGCUGAGUCUGCUGUACGUCAUAAUGAAAAUAUCUUCAUCAAAUCUUUGUUAGUCACGUGGUCUGUAUCAUCACAAGGGGAGUAUAUUGGCACUUUCUUUUUACCAAGUAACUUCUGUGAAAGUAGACAUAUCACCACUUUCCGCGAAUCAUAUGGUGACCAAGGGCAUGAUUACAUUUGUGUAAAAUGUCAACAAUCUUCGGUCAACAAAGAAGAUACUAAGUUCACUAAUGGAGACACACUUUUCUUUGACAAGAACUUCUGCUGGAUUGCUCACUGUGUUGUAUCAGGAGUUCAAGUAAAGAAAAAAGAUGACAGUAACGAUGAAAUCAUCAUAGUUGAUAUGAAACUAAAAUCCACAUCAGUGAAUAUCUUAGAACAACGUCUUACAAGUGAGCAGUCGUCAGUGGAGCUAAUAUGUACUGUUGAGAUUAUUAAAAAAUCAAUACCAGAUAGGAGAGUUCAAGAUACUGUUCGAAUGCUUGGUGAUUCAACUGACUUUGUACAACAGAUUGCUCUUGGACAUCCACCAAAGAGUCCAAUUCCCAGACAACAAAGCCUACGACGGUUAGUCAUGAAAGUGUCUACCAACAGAAGAGAAGGCCUUCCAAGUCUGAACCAGGACCAGAUUCAUGCUAUCAAAAUGUCAUUGGAGAACAAAUUCACAAUUGUUCAGGGACCUCCGGGAACUGGUAAAUCAUACACGGCAGCCAAUCUCGCCAAUGCUUUUGUAUUGUCAAAUCGAGAUGAACCAUCAAUGAAAGGAGGACGCAUUCUAUACUGUGCUCCUUCUAAUAAAGCCGUUGAUGUCGCAGCAGGUAUAAUUCUUAAACGGUUUGAUAUGAAUACCAUCCGUAUGUACAGUAAGAGCAUGGAGGGGAAAGACUACCCUGUUCCAGGAUUGACCGAUAUUACACGAUACAAAAGAGGAAAUAAUGCCGAAAGUAAUCCGGCACUUGAUGAUAUUGCUUUGCAUAGAGUGAUCAGAAAAGCAUCAUCUAAAUGUGGUAAAGAAAUAAGAGAAUUCGACAGCCGAUUCAGAAAUGCAAUUCCCCAAUCAAAGCAAGACAUUGAGAAUUACAAGGCUCUCAUUAAGAAGGCAGAGAAAGAUGCACUAAUAGGAUGUGACGUCAUACUUUGCACAUGCUCAGAAGCAGCCAGUAAGAGAUUGGAUAAACUUGGUAUUCUGCAGUGCAUCAUAGAUGAAGCAGGUAUGUGCACAGAGCCGGAAACUUUGGUUCCACUGGUGAGAGCAAAGCCCGAACAGGUCGUCCUUAUUGGAGAUCAUCGUCAACUACAACCGAUAGUUCCACACAACUUAUCAAGUCAAAUGGGACUAGGAGUGUCUUUGUUAGAGCGUUACUGCGAUGAAAAUCACUUCAUAAGACUGAAAAUGCAGUAUAGAAUGCACGAUGCCAUAUGUGAAUUUCCAAACAGCCAGUUCUAUGAUGGGGAACUUGAAACAGCUGAAACAGUCUUGAAAAGAUCACAGUUCAAAACUACAAUGGACGGCGUGUGGCCAGGAGGGAAACACGUUCCAACCGUAUUCUGUCAUUGUGUGGGCAGAGAGGAAUCACUGAAAGUAACUACCGACGAAGGAAGUGAGCAGUCAAAGAAAAACUUACAGGAAGUGAAAGAUGUUGUCCGCAUAGCAAAGAUAAUGUCUAAAAGAUACAGCCUUCGAACAUCACGGAUACAGAUCCUAUCACAGUAUCGAGCUCAAUGUCACGAAAUUAAAGGAGAACUGAAAAGAGCCAACUGUCAAAGCAUUGGCGUUAAUUCCGUGAUUGGUUUUCAAGGUAGCGAACAAGAUUAUAUCAUACUCUCUACAGUUCGUUCUUUACCGCAACGGGAAAUUGAGGAGCGACCAACAAAGGGGUGGCUGAAAAAGAAUUUAGGUUUUGUAACAGAUGAACAUCAAAUCAACGUGGCUCUUACAAGGGCCAGGAAGGGACUUAUAAUUAUAGGUAAUGCGAACUUGCUGCGAACGGACCACAACUGGCGUAAACUACUUGAAGAAUACAGACGGAAGAAUUGCUGCGUUGAUGCACGAAAUUUUCCGUCACCUGAAACCUGA